AUGGGGAAGCAAAGAUUAACCGCUCUAGACAUCCGAGCAAUAAUAACAUCUUGUAAGAAUACUAUUAUUGGGUCGGUUGUUACAAAUAUUUAUAAUAUCUCAAAUAAAAUAUAUGUUUUAAAAUGUUCUAAAAAGGAACAGAAAUAUUUUCUGCUAUUAGAGGCAGAAAAAAGAGUGCACAUAACCGAAUGGGUGAGAGAAAAAGAUGUAAUGCCAUCAGGGUUUACUAUGAAAUUAAGAAAACACUUAAGAUCCCGUAAAAUAACAAAUAUAUCACAAUUAGGUGGAGAUAGAGUUAUUGAUAUUCAAUUUGGAUAUGAUGAUAAUAUGUAUCAUUUAAUUGUUGAGUUAUAUAUUGCUGGGAAUAUUAUACUUACAGAUAGUGAUUAUAAAAUAAUAUUUAUUUUAAAAAGUAAUGAUGAUAAUAAAAAAAAUUUGAAGAUAAAUGAAAUAUAUAAUGUUGAAGAGCAUAACUCUGUGAUGUUAUACAAAUAUUUGGAUAUAAUUAAUAAUGAGAAUGUAAAAAAAAGCAUUAAUGAGAUAUUAAUGAUUCAUAAUAAGUCUGAAAUUGAGAGUUCGAGCAAAGCUGGUGCUAUUGCUACUGUUACUACUCAUGAUGAAGUUAGUGUGGCAAAUGAGAAAAUGGUUGAGAAAAAUAUGAAAAAGUCAGGAAAUAUGAAAAAGUCAGGAAAUAUGAAGUUAUUAAAAUGUGAAAAUAAUGAUAAUGUAAAACUAAAAAAAAAAUGUGGAUCAGAAAAUAUAAAAAAUUGUUCAAAUUCCCGAAAAAAUCGUGGUGCAAUAUCAUUUGGUAAUUCUAAUAAUGUCUUUAAUGAUAAAAAUAAAAAUGAUGAUAUACAUGAUGAUAAUAAAAAAAAUAAAAAAAUAAAAAAAAUAAAAACAUUAAGUGAAUUAGGUAGUAAAUUAAUUUUAUUUGCCCAUAACGAUUUAAUAAUACACUCACUAAUUGAAUGCAAUUUAAAUCCUCAUGAUAUGGUGGAUAAAUAUGAUAUUAAUACAUUAACAGAAAUGUUUUUUAAAGUAAUAAAUGAAAGUAUGAAAAUAUUUAAUAUGAUGUGUAAUGAAGAAAAUGUAAUUUGUGGUUAUGGUUUUGUUCCAAUUGAUGAGAAAUCAUUGAUUGCGAAUAAGAAUAAAAAUGCAAAAAAUGGGGAAAAAAAUGGGGGAAAAAAUGAGGGAAAAAAUGGGGAAAAAAAUGAGGGAAAAAAUGGGGGAAAAAAUGAUGAAAAAAAUGAUGAAAAAAAUGGGGAAAAAAAUGAGGGAAAAAAUGGGGAAAAUAAAUUAGAUAAUGAUCGGUUAUUUGUCGAAUUUAGUCCGAUUCUUCUUAAAAAUCAUAUAAAUAAAAUAAAUGAAAAAAAAAUCGAGAUAAUAAAAUUUGAUAAUUUUAAUAUGUGUGUAGAUACAUAUUUUAGUAAAAUCGAAUUAACAAAAUAUGAUAAACAUCAAGAAAUGAAUAAAAACAAAAAUGCACUUACCAAAAUGGAUAAAAUAAAAUUAGAUCAUGAAAAAAGAAUUGAAGGAUUAGAAAAAGAGGUAAGUAUGUUAAAAAAGAAAAUAUUGUUAAUUGAAUUAAAUUAUCAAUUUGUUGGUGAAGCAAUUAAACUAAUGCGUUCUGCAAUUUCUACAAGUGCUAAUUGGGAAAAAAUAUGGGAUCAUAUAAAAUUAUUUAAAAAACGAAACCACCCAAUAGCCUUAAAAAUAAUGUCUGUAAAUUUUAACAAUUGUGAGAUGGAGUUAUUAUUAGAUGAUAAUGAUGAUGAUGAUGUGGAAGAAAGUGGGGAUGAUAAUAAUUUAAAAAAUGAUAAAUGGAAAGAAAAAGUGAUAGAGGAAAAGAAUAAAACAUGUGCAGUUACAAUAAACUUAAAUAAUUCAGUAUUUGGUAAUAUUGAGGAUUAUGAAAAAUUAAGAAAAAAAGCAGAAGAAAAAAUUCGUAAAAUAAAAAUGUCAACUAAUAUAGCUGUGAAAAAAGUUGAGAAGAAAAAAAAAGAUAAAGAUAUAAAACAAAAAGGUAAAAAUAAAUCAGUUUUUCAGAUUAAAAAAAUAAGAAAAAUAUUUUGGUUUGAAAAAUUUAAUUGGUUUAUAUCAUCUGAAAAUUAUUUAGUAAUAUCUGGAAGAGAUUCUUUACAAAAUGAAAUAUUGUUUAGAAGAUAUUUUCAAAACAAUGAUAUAUAUGUGCAUGCAGAUAUUCAUGGUGCAGCAUCUUGUAUAAUUAAAAAUCCAUACAAAGAUAUACCAAUUCCUGAAAAAACGCUUUCUGAAGCUGGACAGUUAGCUAUGUGUAGAAGCUCAGCAUGGAAUAACAAAAUGAUAACAUCCGCUUGGUGGGUAUAUUAUCAUCAAGUUAGUAAAACAGCACCUACUGGUGAAUAUAUAAAAACGGGAUCUUUUGUAAUAAGAGGGAAGAAAAAUUAUUUACCAUAUGCUAAGCUCGAAAUGGGGUUGUGCAUAAUAUUUCAAAUUAAUAAAAAGGUGAAUGAUAAUAAUGAAGAAAAUAAGUUAACUGAUGAUGAACCGAAUUGUGACAAUAAUGAAGAAAAUAAAUUAACUGAUGCUGAACCGAAUUGUGAUAAUAAUGAAGAAAAUGAAAAUUUAGAUAAAAUGUCAACUGGAGGUGAUGUUACUAAUUGUGUAAAUUAUAUGAACAAUUUAAAUAAGAUAAAUUGUCAGAAUAAUAAAAUUGUAAAUGAAAAAAUAAAUUCAAGUUUGUCAAAUGUGAAAAAUUGUGUAAUGGGCAAAAGUGUAAGAAUUGAUUUACGAGGGACAUGUAAGUAUCAUUUGAAAAAUAAAAAAUGUUUGAAAAAUAAAAAAUGCUUGAAAAAUAAAGAAUGCUUGAAAAAUAAAUAUAUUAAAUUAAUUUUAAAAUGUCUAAAUAAGAUAGAUUUGGUAAAUAUUUAUAAAAAAAACAUGAUCAGUAAAUUUGGAAUAAAUAAGAAUUAUAAAAAUGAAAUUAUUUUGAUUUUAUGUAAACUUUGUUUUUCCAAGUUAAAUAUAAAUAUGAAAAAUGAUGAAAUAAAAUUAUUUUUUGAAUUUUUGUAUAAAAUAAAAAAUAGUGAAUGUAUUCAAUGUUAUAUAUGUAAGACAUUUCAGAAAAAUUGUAAAAUAGUUUUAUCAGGAAUAAUAAAAUUGGUUAAAUGUUUGUUUUUAUAUUUCGAUUGUAAUAGUUCAAAUAAAUUUAGAGGUACAUUUUUAGGAGGUUUUUUUUUUAAUAAAUGUUUAAAAAGGUUUGAUAAAGCAAUUAAAAAAUUAAUCAAUGAUAGUAUAUAUUUUUAUUUUAUUCAUAAAAAAUAUUUAUUAAAAAAUUAUAGUAAAAAAGUAGUGGACUGUUAUAAGGAUGAAUUGAAUAAAUUUGUUGAUGUAAAUAAAAAUAAUAAUUUUAUUAAAAAUGAAAAAUAUUUAUCUGAUGAUAUCAAUGGGGAUACAUUAAUGUGUGUUAUGAGAAAUCAUGUUAAUGAAAAAAUAAAUCACGAUUUGGUGAUGGAAAAAGAUUAUGUGUUUGAUAAUAAAAUGAUGAAAUUAUGUUUUAGGUCUUGUGAAGUAUAUGGUUUGCCUCCUGUAGCAUUUAAAGACGAUGAUAUAACUGAUGAAGAUUCAAAAGGCUCAAAAAAUUCUAAGAAUGGCGAGUCGUCAAAAAAAAUAGCAUUAAAUAUUGUGAGUAGUGAUAGUGAUAAAUUGAAUGGUGAAAAAAAGAAGGAAGAAGAAAAGAGACACAUUUCAUUUGUAAAUGUCGAAAAUCCGAUAAAAAUCGAACGGCCAACGAGAACUAGGAAAGCAACUGGGUUUGUAAAAAUGGAUGUAAAAAAGCUUCUUGAAGAAAUUGAAAAUGAAGAAGAGGAAGAAGAAGACGAAAAAAAAGACGAAAAAAAAGAAGAAAAAAAAGACGAAAAAAAAGAAGAAAAAAAAAAAGAAGAAAAAGAGGAGACUCGUAGUGAAUGGAAGAGAGAAGAUAUGAAGGUUAAUUUUUAUGAGGAAGAAAAAAAAUUUGUAGAAAAAAAAAAAGUGGAAAAAAAAGGUGUAGCGUUUAAUUUUGAGAAUAAUAAUGUUUAUGAUAAUAAAAAUUGUAUGGUGAAUAUUCAACGUCCUGCAAGGACUCGAAAACCAACUGGUUUUGUAAAAGCAGAUCUGUCAAAACUGCUUGAAGAAAUUGAAAAUGAAGAGGAAAGAGAAGAAAAAAGUGAAGCUGAAGGUAGUAGCCAAAAAGAUGUAUUAAAUUCAAAUAGUUCUACAACAAAUAUAAGAAAAAAAAGUGUUUCAUUUAGUUCAGAAGAUGAACAUAUUUAUAUUGAGAGACCGAUCACAUCAAUUAUUCCACCUAGACCAGUUAGAACUCGAAAACCAACCGGUUUUGUAAAAAUGGAUAUUAGUAAGCUACUUGAGGAAAUAGAUAACGAAGAGGAGAGUUGCGAAAGUGGCAAAGACGGAAAUGUGAGGGAAGAAAAUGUGAAGGAAGAAAAUGAGAGGGACACAAAUGAGAGGGAGAAAAAUGGUGAUGAGAUAAAAAAGGUAAAAUUUAGUGAAGGUGGCGAAAAAAAUAUAAAUGCUGAAAAUGAUAAAACAAUAUCUGGGCCGGAAAAUCCGAUGAAAAUUUCAAGGCCAUUUAGGUCGAGAAAGCCAACAGGUUUUGUAAAAAUGAAUGUUGAGGAUCUUCUUAAAGAUAUAGAAAUGGAUGAAGAGGAGGAGGAUGGAAAUGGUAACAAAGAAAAUGACGAAAAUGAACAAGAUGAAGAAGGUGAACAAAAUGAAGAAGAUGAAGAAAGUGAAGAAGAUGAAGAAAAUGAUGAAAAUGACGAAAAUGACGAAAGUGAUGAAAAUGACGAAAAUGACGAAAGUGAAGAAAAUAGCGAUGAAUCAGAAGGUGGGGAAAAUAGCGACGAUUCCGAAAGUGAAGAAAAUGAAGAAAGUGACGAAAGUGAAGAAAAUGAAGAAAGUGACGAAAGUGACGAAAGUGAAGAAAAUGAAGAAAGUGACGAAAAUGACGAAAAUAGCGACGAUUCAGAAGAUGGAGAAAAUGGGCAAAAUGGUGGAGGUGGACAAAAUGAAAAAAAGGAUUAUAAAGAAAAUAUGGAAAAAGGCAAUGAAAGAUAUUCAAAUGAAACAAAGAAAGGAGGAAAAUUUAAUGAUAAAUUAUUUAAAAAUGAAAAUAAAAGCACAGUUCAUUUAUUAAGAGGAGCUCGAACAAAAAAAAAAAGAAUGAAAAAAAAAUAUCGAGACCAGGAUGAUGAUGAUGAGGAAAGGCAGUUAUAUAUGAAAAUAAUUGGAUCCCGAAAGAUGAAGCAUGAAACUGAAAAACUAAAAAAAGAAAAGGAUGAAAAAAAAAUAGAGAAAGUGGAAAAUAAAUACAAUAAACGUUCAAAUGAGAUUAAAGGAAAUUUUGAGGAAAUAAACGAAGACGAAAUGAAGAUGAAGUUAAGCGAAUUGAAUAAAUUAACAUUUUCACCAAAAGAAGAAGAUGAUAUAAUAUGUGCAAUUCCGAUGUGUGCUCCUUAUUCUGCUAUACAGGGGCAUAAAUACAAAGUCAAAUUGGUUCCAGGAAAUGCAAAAAAGGGACAAAUUGCCAAAUCAUGCAUUUCUCAUUUUUUAAAAUGCUCAACUAAUGAUAUAGAGAAAAAGUUCAUUAAUGGGAUAUCAAUGGACGAUUUGGGAAACUGUAUAAUAACAAAUUCGACAACGGACCUACUGAAUUCAAAAUUUCGUUAA